CAUCAGAUAUUUACUAGAUUCUUAUUUUAUAUCGGAGUGAAGAGACUUUGGUUUGGCAAGAUGUUUAUAGUCUGUCGUAUGUAGGAAUGUAGGAAAGAGUUUCCUUGAGAAUAUAACAGGUUGAGUUUGUCAAAUGAUAAUGUUCAGCAAGUUUAGCACAAAGGACGGCAGUUGUGUACAAUGAUUUAGUGCUUCGUUAUCAGUCAAGGUGAUGAGAACGAGGUUGUGCCAUUCUGCCAGAUUCGACCAGCGCAGCCCCAAAGGGAGGGGCAGUUCAUGGAAGCUUUUCAUGACUAUGACUGGCGUGAAUGCGAGGUGAUCGAAGUAUCGGGCGGUCGCAGCAAGGUCCGUUUCUUAGAUGGAGAAGAACGGGAGGUCACCCAGGUACGGGAACCUGCGGUCCCUUUAUACAUGCUGUAUGUCGGUCAAGGAUGCGAGGGCAUCGUGACAAGAAUCAAUCCAGACGGAGAAGCAUUUGUGGAUAUUGGAGCAGAGACAUGUGGCCAAAUUCCUGGUCGCCUUUUGGGUUCAGGUGCUUUCAUGCGGAAAACGAUUGAUUUGGGGCAGAUGAUCGAUGUUUGGAUUUCUGGUGUGGACGCCGGCAAGCAAAGGCUCUUGCUCACUCCAUGGAAGGGCUGCGCUCAUCUCGCGGAAGAGGUUUCGUCUCGGCAACAGCGCUUUCGGAAUUAUAUACUGCAAAGAGAGCCUCAAUCGCUCCGAACAGCGCCCCAGACGAAAAAGAAAGGAUAUGAAAGCAAAAAGGUGUGAUGCUGGUCUUCCCAAGCAUCACAUAAUGUAGAC